AUGUUCAACCCUGACCGAUUCAUGAAGAAGCCUGGGAAAGACUUACCUCCCCAUCCCGAAGAGUUCGCGUUCGGGUUUGGUCGCCGUGUUUGUCCCGGAAGACACCUCGCAGACAACUCCUUGUGGAUCGCAAUGGUGUAUUUGUUGGCGACCUUCAAUAUGAAGAAAGCGCUCGACUCGCAAGGGAAUGAGAUUGAACCUGUAGUGAAAUACACGGAUGGGACGGUCAGUCAUCCCUACCCAUUCAAAUGUCGUUUCAUCCCGCGUUCAAAGGAUGCCCUCGACUUGAUUGCUUGA